AUGACCGGCCCUCAGUAUCAAGGCCGUGGGGGCUGCGCCAGAAGCUGUUUCCACAAUAAGAUCGCAGCCUGCAAUGUUUUGCCACUCUUUCAAGAAUGUUGGGACAUGCGGGUUUCAUCCCACGAUUGGCAGCAUUUGACGGGAAGUUUUGGAAUCGUAUUACUUUAUGGGAAUUUGGCUCUUGCCCGAUACAUCGUCGACGAGAUGGUAAAUUUUGAUAGGAUACUCUGGAGACGCGAAUGGUCGAAUUUCAUCUCUUACACAAUAUCCUAUGAGUGUUCCGCCUUUGAAUUGUUGCUCAAUCGCGGGCCACCGGAUGAUCUACUAGAAGCCAGGAAGGGCUGGUUGAAUAAUGUGCUCGCCGAAGCGAGGGACUAUUCCGAGCACAUGGCGGUCCUUCUGCAUCAUGGUUAUCUAGACGAAACAAACGAUAUCUGGAUACUCAAGGACAUGCUUGCUGGCGCGUCCGAAAUUGGAAAUCUUGCAUAUUUUUGGCGUCUCAUAAAACACGGCGAACUGGGCUUCCUCGAUGCGCUCAACGGCCCGAAUCUUGUAUACCACGAGCAGACAGUCUGGCACAUUGCAGCAUAUUACAGCUCAUUGAAAACCUUCCAAGAAUUCCUGUCUACCGAGAAUCUAAUUCUGGACCCGAGUAACCCCACUCACCGCGCCGCGCUGGUUAGCGCAGCUGUAGGAACGAACGUCGAUGUCGUCGGGUACUUUCUGGACUCGGGGUCUCACAUUGAUGCCUUGUACGAAUCGUACGCGCCAAAAGAAGAUAUUGUGCCCGGGGCUUUGAUGAUCUAA